GCAGGAUCACAGAACAGGGGGGCACUGAAAUACUGUUAACAUCCUUUCCCAUUCUAAAAAAAAAAAAAAGGAAGGAAAAAGAAUCGUAGAGCGACUACAUUUAGUAUUGUGUUUAUUUAUUUGUACAGCACGCUGACAUUGUUUUAGUAAAUAGCCUUGAUGUUCAGGAUGGUUGUAUUGUUUUGAUCGUUGCGAGCCAGCUAUAGCUACACAGAAACGUUAUUUAUUAUUGUUAUAUUUAUUUACUUUACCAGGAAGUUCAGAUUUUUAGCCAGCUACAAUGUUUCUUUACAAAUAUGUCGAUUGUUUGUUGCGGGUCAGUGGCCCAUUAUAGCCACAGGCCUCUGUAUAGAAAACCUUCGUUGUGCAUUUGAAACUGCAGUGUGGUAUUAAAGGAAUAUGAUGACCUCGAAUCUUUUGUUGGCUGACGUUCAUGGCUGGCUUUGUCCUGAAGAAGCCGCUCAAGAUGAACAUGGUGAAGAGGAUCAUGGGACGGCCGCGGCAGGAGGAGUGCAGCCCCCAGGACAACGCGCUGGGCCUGAUGCACCUGCGUCGCCUGUUCUCCGAGCUGUGCCACCCGCCGCGUCACAUGACCCAGAAGGAGCAGGAGGAGAAGCUGUACAUGAUGCUGCCUGUCUUCAACCGGGUAUUUGGGAACGCCCCGCCCAGCACGAUGACAGAAAAGUUCUCUGACCUGCUGCAGUUCACCACCCAGGUGUCCCGGCUGAUGGUGACUGAGAUCCGACGGAGAGCUUCUAAUAAAUCCACAGAGGCCGCCAGUCGAGCCAUUGUGCAGUUCCUGGAGGUGAACCAGAGUGAGGAGGCCAGUCGGGGCUGGAUGCUGCUUACCACCAUUAACCUGCUGGCCUCAUCAGGACAGAAAACGGUGGACUGCAUGACCACGAUGUCCGUUCCCUCCACGCUGGUGAAGUGUCUGUACCUCUUCUUUGACCUGCCGCUCGUACCCGAGGUCCCGGGCGCGGCGCAGACCGAGCUGCCUCUGGCCGACCGCCGGGCCCUGCUGCAGAAGGUCUUUGUGCAGAUCCUGGUGAAGCUGUGCAGUUUUGUGUCUCCGGCCGAGGAGCUGGCCCAGAAGGACGACCUGCAGCUCCUGUUCAGCGCCAUCACCUCCUGGUGCCCCCCCCACAACCUGCCCUGGAGGAGGAGCGCCGGGGAGGUGCUGAUGACCAUCUCCCGCCACGGCCUGAGCGUCAACGUGGUCAAGUACAUCCACGAGAAAGAGUGCUUGUCCACGUGCAUUCAGAACAUGCAGCAGUCGGACGACCUCUCGCCCCUGGAGAUCGUGGAGAUGUUCGCCGGUCUCUCCUGUUUCCUGAAGGACUCCAGCGACGUGUCCCAGACCCUCCUGGACGACUUCCGCAUCUGCCAGGGGUACACGUUCCUCUGUGACCUGAUGCUGAGGUUAGAACAGGCCAAAGAGGACGAUUCCAAAGAUGCGCUGAAGGACCUGGUCAACCUGGUGACGUCUCUCAGCACGUACGGAGUGGGCGAGCUGAAGCCGGCCGGUCUCACCACGGGGGCGCCGUUCCUCCUGCCCGGCUUCGUGGUGCCGCAGCCCUCCUGCAAAGGUCACACGGUGAGGAACAUCCAUGCCUUCUCGGUGCUCCAGAACGCCUUCCUGAAAGCCAAAACCAGCCGCCUCACCAGCAUCAUUCUGGACGCCAUCGCCAACAUCUACAUGGCCGACAACGCCAACUACUUCAUCCUGGAGGCCCAGCACACGCUCUCCCAGUUCGGCGAGAAGAUCUCCCGGCUGCCCGAGGCGCAGGCCAAGUACUUCGAGCUUCUGGAAUUUGUAGUCUUCAGCCUGAACUACGUCCCCUGCAAGGAGCUGUUCAGCGUUAGCGUGCUGCUCAAGUCCAGCACCUCGUACCAGUGCAGCAUCACGGCCACGCGCACCCUGCUCAAGCUGGCCCGCCACGACCCCGUCUUCAGCGAGGUCUUCCGCGAGGUGGGCCUCCUGGAGGUCCUGGUCAACCUGCUGCACAAGUACGCCGCCCUGAUGAAGGACCCCACCCAGGCCCACAACGAGCAGGGCGAGUCGAAGAACAACAACGUGGCGGAGGAGCAGAAGCAGCUGGCCUGGCUAGUGAUGGAGACGCUCACCGUUCUGCUCCAAGGGUCCAACACCAACGCAGGUCUGUUCCGGGAGUUUGGGGGUGCCAGAUGUGUCCAUAACAUAGUGAGGUACCGGCAGUGCCGCGAGCACGCUCUGAUGAUCAUCCAGCAGCUGGUGCUGUCGCCGAGCGGCGACGACGACAUGGGCACCCUGCUGGGCCUCAUGCACUCCGCCCCCUCCAACGAGCUGCAGCUGAAGACCGACAUCCUGAAGUCCCUGUUGGCGGUCCUGAGAGAGAGCCACCGAACCAGGACGGUCUUCCGCAAGGUGGGCGGCUUCGUGUACGUGACCUCCCUGCUGGUCGCCAUGGAGAGGUCGCUGUGCUCGCCCCCUAGGAACGGCUGGGAGCGGGUGAACCAGAACCAGGUGUUCGAGCUGCUGCACACCGUCUUCUGCACGCUGACGGCCGCCAUGCGGUACGAGCCCGCCAACUCCCACUUCUUCCGCACCGAGGUGCAGUACGAGAACCUGGCCAACGCCGUGCGGCUCCUGGGCUGCUUCUCCGACGCCAAGAAGCUGGGCCCGGCCGCCGUGUUCCCCUCCAACGUCCAGCCCUUCCAGCGGCUGCUGGAGGAGGAGCUCGUGCCCCUGGACAGCGUGUGCCCCACCCUCAAGCACGGCAGCAAGCUGUUCGUCUACCUGUACAAGAUGGCCACAGACUCCUUUGACAGCCGUGCUGAGCAGGUGCCACUGCCUGAGCACGACUCCCUCCCUCCCCAUGUCCCAGCGCUCCAGAAGAGACAUGGCUACCCCGGAGUGUCCUCUGUGGCUCCCACCUUUCCCGCCAAAUCGGCAGCCGAGCUGAAGGUCCACGUGGCGAACCCUUCCCAGCAUUCCUCGGACUCUGUGGUCAUCCACCCUGGAGCGGGCCUGGCCAUGCUCGACCUCCUGGCCUCAGUCAGCUCCGACUCCCAGCCAGAGCAUGCAUUGGACCUGCAGCUGGCGGUGGCCAGCAUGCUGCAGCUGCUGGUGCACUCGGAGCGGAACCAGCAGAUCAUGUGCGAGGCGGGCCUGCACUCCCGCCUCCUCCAGCGCUGCAGCUCCGCCCUCGGCGACGAGGACCACCCCCUGCACCCGCCCCUGCAGAGGAUGUUCGAGAGGCUCGCCUCACAGGCCCUGCAGCCCAUGGCCCUCAGAAGAUGCAAGUGGAAACCUUUUGUUCGGCCGUCCCCCCCCCCCGCAGACAGCAUGACCAUGUCGACGGAGGGCUUCGGGCCCGACAGCGUCUUCGCCGUGAGCGAGGACAACAGCCAGUACCGCAUCAGCCGGAGCCUGGUGCGCACUGCCGAGGGCAGCACCGUGCCACUCACCAGGGUCAAGUGCCUGGUCUCCAUGACGACGCCGCACGACAUCAGGCUGCACGGCUCGUCGGUCACGCCGGCCUUUGUGGAGUUCGACGCCUCCCUGGAAGGGUUCGGGUGUUUGUUCUUACCGAGCCUCGCACCCCACAACGCCCCGUCCAACAACGUCAACGCCUCCGGGGUCAGCGACGGGACGGUGGUCAGCGGAAUGGGCAACGGUGAGCGUCUCUUCCCCCCUCCCUCGGGCCUGACCUACUCCUCCUGGUUCUGCAUCGAGCGCUUCAGCGCCCCGCCCCACAACCACCCGGUGCGCCUCCUCACCGCCGUGCGGCGGGCCACCUCCUCGGAGCAGCACUACGUGUGCCUGGCCAUCGUCCUGUCCGCCAAGGACCGCUCGCUCACCGUUUCCACCAAGGAAGAGCUGCUGCAGAACUACGUGGAUGACUUCAGCGAGGAAUCCUCCUUCUACGAGAUCCUGCCCUGUUGCGCCCGCUUCCGCUGCGGUGACCUCAUCAGCGAGGGACAAUGGCACCACCUGGUGUUGGUGAUGAGCAAAGGCAUGCUAAAGAACAGCACGGCUACACUCUACAUCGACGGGCAGUUGGUCAACACAGUCAAGCUACACUACGUUCACAGUUCACCGGGGGGUUCGGGAUCCACCAACCCCCCUGUGGUGAGCACGGUGUACAGCUACAUCGGCACUCCCCCAGCCCAGCGCCAGCUCUCCGCGCUGGUGUGGCGCCUCGGGCCCACCCACUUCCUGGAGGAGGUGCUGCCGGCCACUAGCGUCUCCGCCAUCUACGAGCUCGGGCCCAACUACGUGGGCAGCUUCCAGGCUGUCAACCUGCCCUGUAAAGACCCUAAAGGGGAAGCUCCGCCUCCAUCCCCUGUGGCCCUGGUGCCUGAAGAGAAGGUGUCCUUCAGCCUGUAUGCGCUGUCUGUCUCCUCCUUCACCGUAGCCAAGAUCAGGAAGGUCUACAACAAGCUGGACAGCAAGGCCAUUGCCAAGCAGUUGGCCGUCUCCUCCCACGAAAAUGCCACGCCAGUCAAGCUCGUCCAUAACGCGGCGGGUCAUCUGAACGGCCCAGCGCGCACAGUAGGCGCUGCGGUCAUCGGUUACCUGGGUGUGCGUGCGUUUGUUCCGAAGCCGGUGGCAACAAACCUUCAGUACAUCGGAGGCGCGGCAGCCAUCCUGGGCCUGGUCGCCAUGGCGUCAGACGUGGAGGGGCUGUACGCGGCAGUGAAGGCCCUGGUGUGUGUGGUGAAGAGCAACCCGUUGGCCAGCAAGGAGAUGGAGCGGAUCAAAGGCUACCAGCUGCUGGCCAUGCUGUUGAAGAAGAAGCGCUCCUUGCUCAACAGCCACAUCCUGCACCUGACCUUCUCUCUGGUGGGAACUGUGGACAGUGGCCAUGAGACCUCCAUCAUCCCCAACUCCACUGCCUUCCAGGACCUGCUGUGUGACUUUGAGGUGUGGCUCCACGCUCCCUAUGAAUUGCACCUGUCCCUAUUUGAGCAUUUCAUUGAGCUCCUGACUGAAUCCAGCGAGGCGGCUAAGAACGCAAAGCUGCUGCGGGAGUUCCAGCUGAUCCCCAAACUGCUGCUGACCCUGCGAGACAUGUCCCUGUCCCAGCCCACCAUUGCCGCCAUCAGCAACGUCCUCAGCCUGCUGUUGCAGGGCUUCCCAAACAGCUACGACCUCCUCAGGUUCGGCCAAUUCGUCGCCUCCACAUUACCCACGUUUGCAGUCUGUGAGAAAUUUGUUGUCAUGGAGGCCAACAAUGAAGAGAAGGUAGAUGCAGGUACUGAGGAUGACUUUGGGGGCCUUCUCUCUGCCAAUCUCAUCUUACUGAGAAACAGACUUCUGGACAUCUUAUUGAAACUGCUCUUCACUUCCAAAGAGAAAUGUGCCGUCAACACACAGGCGUGCGAGGAGCUGGUGCGCACGCUGGGCUUUGAUUGGCUGCUGAUGUUCAUGGAGGAGCACCUGCACUCCAGCAGCGUGACGGCGGCCAUGCGGGUCCUGGUGGUGUUGCUCAGCAACCAGCCCAUCCUGGCCCGGUUCAAGGAGGGGCUGUGCGGUGGGGGAUGGCUGGACCACACCGACUCCGUGCUCACCAACAAGAUUGGUACCGUCCUGGGUUUCAACGUCGGCCGAAACGCCGGAGGCAGGUCCACGUUACGGGAGAUCAACCGGGAGGCCUGCCACUUCCCAGGGUUCCCUGUGCUCCAGAGCUUCCUGCCCAAACACACCAAUGUGCCGGAGCUGUACUUCCUGCUGAUGGCCAUGUUCCUGCAGCAGCCUGUGAGCGAGCUGCCGGAGAACCUGCAGUUCGACCUGGACUCCAUCUGGACGUUCAUCUUCGGGGUGCCGGCGUCCAGCGGCGCCGUGGUGGGCUCCAUUCACAACGUGUGCACCGAGGCCGCCUUCCUCCUGCUGGCCAUGCUGCGCAGCAUGCUCAACCUGCCCUGGCAGUCGGAGGAGGAGGGCUCCUGGCUCAGGGAGUACCCCGUCACGCUCAUGCAGUUUUUCCGCUACCUCUACCACAACGUGCCCGACCUGGCGCCCAUGUGGCUCAGCCCGGAGUUCCUGUGCGCGCUGGCAGCCACCGUCUUCCCCUUCAACAUCAGGCCCUACUCCGAGAUGGUGAGUGACCUGGACGACGAGGUUGGGUCUCCAGCGGAGGAGUUCAAGGCCUUCGCCGCGGACACGGGCAUGAACCGCAGCCAGUCCGAGUACUGCAACGUGGGCUCCAAGACCUACCUGACCAACCACCCCGCCAAGAAGUACGUCUUCGACUUCAUGCGAGUGCUCAUCAUGGAGAACCUGUGCAUGACGCCUGCCACCAAGCAGACGCCAAUCGUCGACCUGCUUCUGGAGGCCUCCCCGGAGCGAUCGACUCGGACGCAGCAGAAGGAGUUUCAGUCCUACAUCCUGGACAGCGUGAUGGAGCACCUGCUGGCUGCCGACGUCCUUCUCGGCGAGGACGCAUCCCUGCCGAUAACCAGUGGAGGGAGCUACCAAGUCCUGGUCAACAAUGUUUUCUACUUCACUCAGCGUGUGGUGGACAAGCUGUGGCAGGGCAUGUUCAAUAAGGAGUCCAAGCUCGUGGUGGAGUUCAUAGUGCAGCUCAUUGGACAAUCCAAGCGGAGGUCCCAAGGCCUGUCCCUGGACUCCAUCUACCACAGUCUGAACAGGACCAUCCUGUACCAGCUCUCCAGGCCGCACAAGACCGUCCCCCAGCAGGUGGCGCUCCUGGACUCGCUGCGCGUCCUCACCGUCAACCGGAAUCUGAUCCUAGGGCCCUGCAACCACGACCAGGACUUCAUCGCCUGCCUGGCGCACUGCUUCAUCAUCCUGCACGCGGGGAGCUGCGUGGACGGCUUCGGCCUGGAGGCGGAGGCGCGCAUGACCACCUGGCACGUCAUGAUACCGUCCGACGCCGAGUCCGAUGCCACGCACAGCCAGGACGUCAGCGAGGGUCGGCAGCUUCUGCUGAAGGCGGUCAACAGAGUGUGGACCGAGCUCAUUCACAGCAAGAGGCCGGUUCUGGAGGACAUAUUCAAGGUCCCCCUGCCGGCCAGCGACCGCGGUCACGUGGACAUGCUGUCCGCCCGCGCGCACAUCGAGGAGCCCGCCGCCAAGAGCUGGCUGAACCACCUGGCGCAUGAGAAGAAGUGCAUCAGCCGAGGAGAGGCGGUCGCCCCGGUAACCCAGUCCAAGCUGUCCCGGGUCAGUAGCGGGUUCGGGCUGUCCAAGCUGACCGGGUCGAGGCGCAACCGGAAGGAGACGGGCCUCAACAAGAACAACCUCUCUGCGCAGGAAACCUUCCAGUGGAUGUUCACACACAUUGCAGUUGUGCGGGACCUAGUUGCCAUGCAGUACAAAGAGUAUCAAGAGCGGCAGCAGAACGCGCUGAAGUAUGUGACGGAGGAGUGGGCGGGGAUCGAGUACGAGCUCCUGAGGGAGAGGGGCCUGUGGGGGCCGCCCAUCGGGUCCCACCUGGACAAGUUCCUGCUGGAGAUGACGGAGGGGCCCUGCCGCAUGAGGAAGAAGAUGGUGCGCAACGACAUGUUCUACAUCCACUACCCCUUCGUGCCCGACACAGAGCCGAACACCAGCUCCCAGAAACCCAUUCGCUACCGGAGGGCCAUCAGCUAUGACAGUAAGGAGUAUUACAUGCGUGUGCUGUCGGGAAAUCCAGGCAUGUACCAGCAUUCCAUUGAGCAUAGUUCUGAGGGGGAGACAACUCAGCAUGAGCCUGAACAUGGCGAGGACACCAUCGCCAGGGUCAAAGGUCUGGUGAAGCCCCCGCUGAAGCGCUCUCGCUCCACGGCGGACGGAGCGGACGAGGACGGCCAGGAUCAGCUGCAGGACCCGUCUCUGGAGUCCGGGGCCUUGGACGAGGAGGAGAAGACCGAUAACACCACCUUGCUGAGGCUGCUGGAGGAGGGGGAGAAGAUCCAGCACAUGUACCGCUGCGCUCGGGUUCAAGGCCUGGACACCAGCGAGGGCCUGCUGCUGUUCGGGAAAGAGCACUUCUACGUGAUAGACGGCUUCACCAUGACAAUCACCCGGGAGAUUCGGGACAUAGAGACUCUGCCACCAAACAUGCACGAGGCAAUCAUCCCCAGGGGGGCGCGGCAGGGCCAGAGCCAGCUGAAGAGAACCUACAGCAUCUUCGCCUACGAGGACAUCAAAGAGGUGCACAAGCGGCGCUACCUGCUCCAGCCAAUAGCCGUAGAGGUGUUUUCAGGUGAUGGGCGAAAUUACCUGCUAGCUUUCCAGAAAGGAGUUCGGAACAAAGUCUACCAGAGGUUCCUGGCAGUGGUGCCAUCUCUAGCGGACAGUUCUGAGUCUGUGUCAGGCCAGCGGCCCAACACCAGCGUAGAACAGGGGUCUGGUUUAUUGAGCACACUCGUGGGAGAGCGGUCUGUAACUCAGCGAUGGGAGAGAGGGGAGAUCAGUAACUUCCAGUACCUGAUGCACCUCAACACGCUGGCAGGCAGGUCCUACAAUGACCUGAUGCAGUACCCUGUCUUCCCCUGGAUUCUGGCCGACUACGACUCAGAGGAGCUGGAUCUAAGCAAUCCCAAAACGUUCCGUAACCUGGCCAAGCCCAUGGGGGCCCAAACGGACGACAGGCUGACCCAGUACAAAAAGAGGUUUAAGGACUGGGAGGAUCCCAAUGGUGAAACCCCUGCCUAUCACUACGGCACACACUACUCCUCUGCCAUGAUUGUGGCAUCCUACUUGAUCCGAAUGGAGCCCUUCACGCAGAUAUUCCUCAGGCUACAGGGGGGUCAUUUCGAUCUGGCCGACAGGAUGUUCCACAGCAUCCGCGAGGCCUGGCUGUCAGCCGCCAAGCACAACAUGGCUGACGUCAAGGAGCUCAUCCCUGAAUUCUUCUACCUCCCGGAGUUCCUUCUCAACUCCAAUAACUUUGACCUCGGUAGCAAACAGAACGGCACCAAACUGGGGGAUGUGAUCCUACCCCCAUGGGCCAAGGGGGACCCCAGGGAAUUCAUCCGGGUCCAUCGAGAGGCUCUGGAGUGUGAUUAUGUCAGCGCCCACCUGCAUGAGUGGAUAGACCUGAUAUUCGGCUUCAAGCAGCAGGGCCCUCCGGCCGUGGAGGCCGUCAACGUCUUCCACCACCUCUUCUACGAGGGCCAGGUGGACAUCUACAACAUCAACGACCCGCUCAAGGAGACCGCCACCAUCGGCUUUAUCAAUAACUUCGGCCAGAUUCCCAAACAGCUCUUUAAGAAGCCCCACCCUCCAAAGCGAGUUCGCAGCCGGUCGAAUGGGGAGCCGCCGGGCCUGCCUGCCUCCAUCAACACCGCUGCAGAUAAGAUCUUCUUCCACCACUUGGACAACCUGCGGCCCUCGCUGGCCCCUGUCAAAGAGCUGAAGGAGCCAGUGGGUCAGAUCGUGUGCACGGAUAAGGGCAUUCUGGCCGUGGAGCAGAACAAGGUUCUGGUGCCGCCCGCCUGGAACAAAACCUUCGCCUGGGGCUACGCUGACCUCAGCUGCAGACUGGCCAACUACGAGUCUGAUAAGGCGGUCAUUGUGUACGAGUGCCUGUCGGAGUGGGGCCCGAUCCUGUGUGCCAUCUGUCCCAACCCCAAGCUGGUGGUGACCGGGGGCACCAGCACGGCCAUCUGCGUGUGGGAGAUGGGCACCUCCAAAGAAAGAGCCAAAACCCUCACUCUUAAACAGGCCUUGCUGGGACACACAGAUGCCAUCACGUGCCUGACGGCCUCCUCCGCCUACCACAUCAUCAUCAGCGGCUCGCGAGAUCGCACCUGCAUCAUCUGGGACCUCAACAAGCUGGCCUUCGUCACCCAGCUGAGGGGUCACCGUGCCCCCGUCUCCGCCCUCUGCAUCAAUGAGCUCACGGGAGACAUCGUGUCCUGCGCAGGCACCUACAUCCACGUGUGGAGCAUCAACGGCGGCCCCAUUGUCAGCGUGAACACCUUCACCGGCCGCAGCCAGCAGAUCCUGUGCUGCUGCCUGUCCGAGAUGAACGAGUGGGACACGCAGAACGUCAUCGUCACCGGCCACUCCGACGGCGUCGUCCGGUUCUGGCGGAUGGAGUUCCUGCAGGUCCCAGAGACCCCCGCUCCGGAACCCGUGGAACCCCCCGAUGUUCCGGACUGCUGCGGAGAAGAAAAGAUGGAGGGCCGUGAAGCUCACGAUGAGGACAGCAGCGACUCUGACGGGGACGAUCAGAGCAUCAGCCAGGAGCCCAAAGCGAGGGCGGUGCCCAGCCAGCCCGGCGGUGCCGUGCCCCGGCCCAAGGGCGCCAUGGCCCGGCCCAAGGCCUCCUGGUCUGCCGACAGCAGCUCCGAAGACUCGCGCCGCUGGUCCGACACCUUGAGCCUGGACGAGAAGGACGGCUUCGUGUUCGUCAACUACUCUGAGGGCCAGACGCGCCCCGCCCUGAACCCACACCCGCACCCGCACCCUGCCCCACACAGUGUGGUCCCCCAACCCCUACAGCCCGCCAACAUGGAGACCCGCACCUACAACCAGCUUAGACCUGGCUACAGAUGGGAGCGUCAGCUGGUCUUCCGUAGCAAACUCACCAUGCACACGGCGUUCGACCGCAAGGACAACGCCCACCCGGCAGAAAUCAGCGCGCUCGCCAUCUCUAAGGACCACAGCAGGAUCCUGGUGGGCGAUGGAAGGGGCCGGGUCUUCAGCUGGUCGGUGAGCGAGCAGCCGGGCCGAUCGGCCGCUGAUCACUGGGUGAAGGACGAGCUGGUGGACAGCUGCUCCGGCUGCGCCGUGCGCUUCUCGCUGACCGAGCGGCGGCACCACUGCAGGAACUGCGGCCAGCUCUUCUGCCAGAAGUGCAGCCGCUUCCAGUCGGAGAUCAUGCGGCUGAAGAUCUCCUCCCCCGUCAGGGUUUGUCAGAACUGUUACUACAACCUGCAGCACGAGCGCGGCUCAGAGGAAGGCCCCAGGAACUAGCCCUUCCCCAACGGUCGCUCUCACACCUCCUGUAUUUCUCUGUACCAUGUGUAAAAGCACUGCUUUAGAAGAAGGGAUCACUGCAGAAAGCCUGUUCAAUGUUUUGUGUGUUGCAGAUAAGCAUGAUGGGGACUGGGCAGUGGGGGAAAAAGGAUUCUUAAUAAUCCAGUAGCUUUUGAUCUGUUUUUUUUUUUCUUUCUUUUUUUCCCCUUUUUUUUCCUCCCCUUGUUUUUGCAGUCUUUCUGUUAACGUCCACUAAACUUCAAACCACAGGCUUUUUAGAUCAAGAACUUUUUUUUUUAGAUUUACGGUAUGUAAAGGCCUCCUUUAGAAGUAUGAUGAAAUUGUUUAUAUUGUAAAUAAAUACAAUGGCCUUUUUAACUCCAACAGAAAACAAAACUAUUGAAAAUGAUUCUGCCUGUUAAUAGGAAUCGUGAGGAUUCACUCUUGGCUUUAAAGAGAAAGUGUUCAGUCAAUGUCAAAUGAAGAGGGGGGACGAUGAAUGUUAAAUAAAAUGAAUAGCUUGUCUAAAAAGGAUUAAAUGCAAUUACUAUUUUAAAAGGUUUUUUGUUUACAAUAUGUAUUUUGUUAAUGUGUUGCCCACAGUAUCAAUAUGUUGUGGCCUACAAACAAAGACUUGAUUACAGUCGAAAAGUCUUCAUAGUUUUAAGGAACAAGUUGAAUAUUCAUUUUACUUUCAGUUUAAUGAUUACUGUCAAAACUACUUGCCUUUAAGGUGUGAUUGCUUUCUAAUUAUGAUGAUACUAUUCAAUUUUGCUUACAGUUUAGAUGCACAUGACUUAGUUUGCCUUCGUUUAGAGUUACGGAAGGAAAUCAAACUUCGUUAAAGGGUUCUGUGCAAAACACAAAGGCAAAUGGGAUCGUGAUGGCCAUAGUGCCUAAGAGCAGUUUAAUUCAGAUUCACUAUUCAAAUUCAUCCAAUCGUGUUUCACCAUUCAAUGGUAGAAGAACCACUGAUGUAGUGUUUCAGGGAAGAAAUACUACAGCACUUUCCAAGUCAGCUUUUUGGACAUUAUGGGCUCAAAUUACCAUUAUAGAAGCAUCACAUGAUCAAAAAUAAAUUUAGAAUCCUAGCACAUAUCAAUUGUUUUGCAUGCUCAACCAUGCUCAACCUGUUGUCUCUGAUAUGAUAAUAGAUAUGCAAAUAGGGAUUUACAUCUUUAUGACCACAAGCUGCUCCACUGAACAUAUCAUUAAACUCUUUUGUCUUUCAUCAUAUCAUGUUUCAUGCACAAUGAAUGCAGUUUUGUCAUCAGUGUUAAUGUAAUUCCAGAGUGCUCCUUUAUAAAGUAAAUGUGCGCGCGUGUGUGUGAGAGUGAGAGAGAGAAAGAGAGAGAGUGAGAGUGAAAGAAUGUGUCAGACCAAUACUCUGACAUUUGGUUACCAAAACCACUGGGCAUUGUGUAACGUCACUGUAUACCACUGUUGACACAGUCAAACAAGGGAUUGUUCGCCUGUUUUGCUUAUAUGAUUAACAACUACCGUGCAUGUGCAAAAUAUUAUCGUUCUGUCUUACAUUGGGUUUUAAGGAUGUAUAUGUAACAAAGUAACAAUUAGGUCGUUGCGAUUAAUGUCCAAAGAACAGUGCUUUCUCCUGUAUUUUUCUGGGGGAAAUGUAAGUAUACUUUUAGACACUUUUUAAUGUACGUACUUGUUAUGAUUUGCCCCUAAGAGGUGCAUCUUCACAUAAUUUCGUAAUGUCCAGUGCUGUGGGAAUGCAUGGAAUGCAUAAGUGGAUUAUCAUAACCUUAUGUGUCUAUUGAUUUUAUAUUUCAUAUGACAAAUUAGACAUUUCCCGUAGGUUUUGAUUUAUUCCUCUCCUAAAUUGAAAUAGUGCCACAUAAAUUUAGGUUUCAUCAUGUGAACGAAAACUGAAAUUGGAGUCAAAGUGAGAUGUGCAAUUGUUCAUCAUAAACCUUUUUUUCCUCCCUUUCUCCUUAACUGUCAUCUGCCUUUGGUACUGUGGGCAACAAGUACAUUUAAAUGCUGCUUUAACACGUAAAACUUUUUCGGCUUAUGUUUUACAGUCAGACGUGAAAUAUUUUCCUACACAUUUUGUCCCACGUGAAAUGCAGUAGUCCUUUUCCUAUGUACAGACUUAGGCAUUACUACCUUCCCUCCUCAUAGUGUAUACUCAUUAUUGUUAUUCAUGUACUGUAUAUAUAUCUUGCCUACAAUCAUAACAUCAAAUUGAUUGGACAUGCUGUUGAUUGGCAGCUUCCAAAAUGAGAUGGCAACAUUGAUCUGAGGUUUGUUUUGUUUUUGGGUUUUUUUUUUUUUUUUUUUUUGCACCUUCUGAUGUAUAGACUCUAAGGAACCACAAAUUAAUCAAAUGCAUUUUCAUUUCAAGUGCCAUCAUCAACAUUGCAUUUCUUUACAGAAAAUGAACUGUAUAAAGUAUUUAUGCAAUUACUUUGGUUUUUAACAUUUUUAUUAUUAUAAUUUCAGCAGGUUUUGUUACUUUUGUUACAUAUCAAUUAACAAUGGCUGACUUUCUGUGUCAGUGCAAUGUACAUUUUCUUUUGUUGGUUUCAUUCCGUACGGCAUUAACUAAUUACUUUAGCCCUAAAAAGAAAAAACACUAUGUACAGCAACGACCAGAGUACAUUAAAUGGAAAGGGUGGAAUUUUGUACAAUAUAAGAAAAAUGGACUGAGGAAAUUUUUUGAUUAUUUUUGGUGGUCUUGUGCUAGACUGCAUUACAACAGUAUCUAAUGUGCAAUCUGUGAUAGCUGAAUGUUCAUUCAUUGUAUAUUUGUCUUCAAAACAACUACAGAAUCAGAAAGUAGAAUAACCCAACAAAAAUGUGUAACUUUAAUGCAAUAGAUCUGGUAUUUAACUUUUUUUUUAAAUUUCAAUUAAAAAGUCCUGCUAUUUACCACCAAGAA